AGGGCCGUCAGACUAAUUGAGGAUCAAGAGAGAGAGAGCACCGAUAUAAAAAUACUCAGUAGCAACUGGCACUCACACUUGCACCGUGACAUCUGAUUAACUGCUUGUCGAUCUCAGUUGUAUGUUGAUAACGAGCAACAGACAGUUUGACUCAAAUCUCAGUCCUGUGCAGAUGGGAAAGAGACAGUGAGAGAGAAACUGACUGUUUCCAAGACGUCCUGAAAGACCUGCAGCGUUGGACAAUGACUACUGCACCUAGAGAACUGGAUGAGCUGUGCUACCUCACGGCUCAGUCCAUGACAUCACUGGUGACAUCAGAGCACUUCAAACUCAUCAAAAAGCUGGGAGAGGGCUCGUACGGCAAGGUGAUGCUGGCGGUGCAUCAGAAGAGAGGAACCCCAAUGGCUCUGAAGUUCUUCCCCCGUCGCUCCACCACUCUCCAAGCUUUCCUGCGUGAAUAUAAUCUCUCCGUCUCCUAUUGCACGCACCCUUCUCUAACGCGGGCUCUAGGCAUCUUCUACUCCACACCUUCUCACUAUGUCUUUGCGCAGGAGGCUGGUCUCUAUGGUGACCUGUAUGAUGUCAUCGUGUCAGAGGAGGGGGUGAGUGAGGAGUGUUCCCAGCGUGUGAUGUCUCAGUUGAGUGGUGCUGUGUCUCAUCUCCAUUCUCUUGGCUUUGUGCACCGUGACAUCAAGCCAGAGAACAUCUUCUUGUGUGACUGUGCUUGUCGCUGGGUCAAACUGGGUGACUUUGGCCUGGCUCGAGCACAGAGGACCAAGGUCCGUGCUGUGUGGUACAAUUCCCCUUUCUGUGUGCCAGAGGUGGAGUGUGCCAAGAGAGUCAGUGAUGCAGAGGAGGAAACGGAGGACAUCUGGAUGUCUGUGGAGCCCAGUUUGGAUACUUGGGCUUUGGGGAUCCUCAUAUACUGCCUCCUGACGAGCUGCUUCCCCUGGGAGGAGACCACUUCUGAUGACCCUUCCUACUGCAAAUACAGAGACUGGUUCAACCGAAUCAAACAGAGAGAGGAGACACAAGACACUGUGAGAGAGGAGAACGAGGCUGAAACUGAUGUGGCCCCGCAGUUUGACUCUUUAAGCUCAUUCGUUCUCACCUUGCUGAGAAAGCUGCUGAAUCCACUGCCCUGGCUUCGCCCCGGGCCUGAUGAGAUCCUGUCUUACCUCGGGGGACCUUGGUUACUGAAGACAGAGAAAGAGGAGUUGAGGAGAGAGCAGGAGGCACAAGUGGAGGCCAAGAAGAUGCAUGAGAGAGGAGGGGUGGAAGGGGAAAAAGAGAUAUUGGGAAGGAGGGAGAGAUAAAGUUUGUGUACGACAGCAAUAUUAUAUACAGAUGUACUUUAUUUUCAAGAUUUUAUAUAGUGUUUAUAUUUUGGAAUAUUCAUGUUUUUUUUUUUUUUAAAUAUCAAUAGAAUAGAUUUAUUAUAACACUGGAGAAAUGGAGAAAAUAACUGGAUGUGUAAAUAGACUACAUACAAUCAGAUGUGAACUUUCCGCAGACACUUGAAUAGUGGCCCCAAAAAUUGU